AUGGAGGCCCAAGCAGUUGAGCUCGGCAAGAUGGGUGUCAAGGAGUUAAAGGAAUUACUGAAGGAUGCUGGAGUGUCUUUCGCUGGUGCAACAGAAAAGGAGGACUUAGUCAGGCUGCUGACCAAAGCUCGAGCACAAGCGAAAGCCAACGAUGUCAAAUUUGUGGCUUCACGACAGUGGCAGCGAGUUCCAGAUGGAGUUGCCCUGCCCCCCGGCCUCGAGGUGAAAUUUGAUAUGGACCGCGGCUGUAACUAUGCUCGAAUUCCCCCGGAGAAGAAGAAGUGA